CAUUCAGUGCGAAGUAAGCAUUUCAUAAAAUCUGAACCUUUAUUCAGUUCUUCCCAUUUCUACAGAAAUAAUAUUCAAGAAUCCAUAAUCUAUAAUCCAAAACAAUGAACUUCAUCUCGUUCAGCGUAAUUAGCCGCUUUGACUUUUUUUGGUUGGACGUGCUUAAGCAAUUGGAUCUGAAGUCUCGCAUUAGCUUUGCAGCCAGUUGCGAUAUGUUUGAGAACAUCUAUGUUAGGAGUUCUCCUCUACGCCUGAGCCGCGUAGUUAAUUUGGAGGAAAUGAUUGAGUUCUCAUUGCUUGAAACCAAACUAUUUGUGGAACUUUCGGGUUCUGACAUUGAGAUUAUACGCGGAGGUCCACAUACCCCAAUGUUUUCACAUUUCGAGGAUUUCAUACGCCUGAUGUCGAUCCGGCUAACGAAGGUGAAUGAGAUUGCUCUCGAGGGAUUCCAACUCACGCAAUACAAGUGGUUCAACGCUCCCGAAACCAGCUUCAGCAACUUGACCUAUGUUAGCUUGCGUCGUUGUCAGCUCAAUGAUGAGAACCUUGUGGGCUGGGAGUUCUUGACUCAUCUGGAGACAUUGGAUCUGAGAUACAACGAUCGAUUGACUGGGAGCUGUUUGAUGAGUCUUCCAACUUCGUUGUUGUCCCUUUAUAUAACCGGCUGCCGGAAUUUGUGCCCGAAUCAACUAAUAUUCCUGAACCGUAUACCACGACUACGCGAGCUGCGUGCCUCGGACCUGAUGCCCGGCGGGCACUGGCAUAUCUAUCGUGACCUGGUGCUGGCUUGUCCCUUGCUGGUGAUGGUCGAGAUAUCAAUUUGCUCCCUAAACCGGGAUGAGUAUAGGCUGGGUGAGCUGCGCUAUCUGCAGUCGUUGGUCAUUAAAGCUCACUCCACAGACACAAUUCGCUGUAAGGUCAGCGACUGGAUGCUGAUUUCCCUAUUGGAUGUGCCCUUUCUGCGAAACCUGAUGUUUUCAGAUGCACCGAGUGGCUUUGUUAGCGCAAAUGCCCUGUCGAUUAUAUCGAGAUUUCGGCAGCUGCGUGUUCUGAAAAUGCCGAAUCAGCCAUACCGGCCCAAUGACCUCUUAAGAUUGAGGAAUCUAACUUUUCUUGAGACGCUGGACCUCAGCAAUUCACCCUAUAUCACUAAUGAGGUUGUCAUCGAACUGGUCAUAGGAAUUCCCAACCUUAGUGUGUUAAUAGUCCAAGGAUGUCCUCUGCUCACAAAUCGUGUAUACCUUGAUGCAGAAUUGGCCAGUAAGAAAAGGAGCAAUGGGAACAUGGUCAAGGUGCAGCUAUAGACUGACUCGAAAGAACGUCCAAAUGCGUAAUUCAGCAACAACAUAACAAAAUCGGCAUCCAUAUUAAAACAAAUUGUACUUAUCAUUGUAAUAAUAAAUGACUUAUCAUAAUAAUAAAUG